GCGGACGGCACGUCGUAUAGUAAAUACCGCUCUAUCCAAUAUUCCCAAACACAGCCCUAACCUUCUUCGUCUUCCUCCCAUUUCUCCAUUGAUCAUUUCUCUCAAGAAUUCCAGGGUUUGGGCGGUUUUCUGAGGCCGAUCAAUGAAGGGGGAAGUGCAGCUAGAACCACUAGGAGGAGAUAGGGAGCCGAACCCUAGUAGUGAUUUGGACCCUUUGUUACAGGACGACGAGUCGUCUUCUUCGUCUCCGGCGAGCUCCAGUGAGAUUAGGAAUGAAGAUAUUGAGAAUGGUUCUAUUGCUUGCUGCCGCAUCUGCCUCGAAAGCGAUGCUGAGCCAGGGGAUGAAUUGAUCUCACCAUGUCUGUGCAAAGGCACACAGCAGUUUGUGCAUACAUCCUGUCUUGAUCACUGGCGCUCAGUUAAGGAAGGAUUUGCUUUCUCGCACUGCACCACUUGCAAAGCCCAAUUUCAUCUUCGAGUUGAAUCGUAUGAGGACAACACUUGGCGUAACAUAAAAUUCAGAAUCUUUGUGGUUAGGGAUGUUAUCCUUGUAUUUAUAGCUGUACAAACAGUAAUUGCUGCGAUCGGUGGCUUUGCUUAUCUGAUGGACAAAGAUGGCGCCUUCAGGAAUUCAUUCAGUGAUGGUUGGGAUCGUAUUUUGUCAAAACACCCUAUACCAUUUUACUAUUGCAUAGGGGUUUUGGCCUUUUUCGUGCUGCUUGGAUUUUUUGGGCUUAUACUACACUGUUCGGCCUUCAAUAGCAAUGACCCAAGGAUGGCUGGCUGCCAGAACUGUUGUUAUGGAUGGGGAAUUUUGGAUUGUUUCCCGGCGUCUAUGGAGGCAUGCUUUGCCCUGGUCAUUGUUUUCGUUGUCAUCUUUGCUAUUCUUGGCAUAGCUUAUGGUUUCCUGGCUGCGACUAUGGCCAUUCAGAGAAUCUGGCAGAGACAUUACCAUAUCCUGACCAAGAGGGAACUCACUAAGGAGUACAUUGUGGAGGAUCUUCAUGGUUGCUAUGCCCCACCAAAGUUGGAUCCCGAACAUGAAGAGCGUCUGAAAAUGCUCAAGUUACUAUAGUGAUGGCAUGGAUGAGGCGUUUCAAAUUGCCUUUGGAGUGUUUGAUGUAUCAGAAUAUGACAUUGGUGAUGUAACCACAACUCUUUUAAAGGAGCAGAGACACUCUUGUAUUCACUAAAGUGUCAUCCUGCAGGGCUGUAAAUUGUGUUGGUCUCAUCAACCUUGAAAAUUAUAUUUCAAGCUGUACAGUUUUGUGGCAUAUUUCUUUC